CAUCACAAACAUAAUUUCUUCUGGACUGAACAAAGAAAGACAUCAACAUUUUGGAUGACAUAUCUGGAUUUUUCUUUUAAGAAAAUGGACUAUCCCUUUAAAUCUAAUUCGACUUUUCGCAUAUUAACCCUUCCAUGUCACGUUUGGUCCAUGACAUGUAAAAUUUAAUCACUGAUGUCAAACCUAUAGCACAACAUUAUCUCCACAUUUCAAUUUUCGAGAAAUCAAAUCAGAUAAAUGGAAGUAAGAUUUAAACAACUUUAAACAAUCAUGAUUUACUCACCCACAGUUUGCUCCAAACCUGUAUACAUUUCUUCGUUCUGCUGAUUUUAUGAAAACAUUUUAAUAACCAAACAGAGCUGGGGCACCAUUCAUUUCCAUAGUAUUAUUUUUAAAGUAUAUUCGAUUGAACUCUCGAUUUGAAAGGCAUACGUUCUGAUCAGUUAAUAUAAUGCAUCAGAGAUAAAACACAAAAAGGAGAUCCAGUGAAAGUUUGUCUUUUCCAUAGUCAAAGUUUGGUUUUAGUAUUAAAUGAUCCUGAACAGUGGACUUUGCAACCCUGAUCCAUCAUGUAGUGUUGCAUCAAUGCAUAUCCAAGUCUGUAAUAACUGCAUGCUUUAGACGAUCAGCACAUUUUCUUCAACUCUGGUGCACUUUUACAUUUGCGUUUCUUGUAAUGUGAUGACGGAUUUCGAGGCAUUUGCAUGCAAAUAUUGAUACCAGGGGUUAUGUCAGGCUUCCAAAGUCCACCUUUCAAGAUUGGGUUGAUUAGGACUUUUGGUUUUCAAGGGUGAUUGAGAGAUUGUUUGUAUAGUACGGUACAGUUUGUAUAGCACAGUUGUUAAGCUUUAGAUGUUAUUUAUGGGUUUAAGUAAAAAACAGGACAGUUGUAUCUAAGCAGUGGGAUGCGGGAACCAGCCAAUGCAGGGGAAGGCAAAUGAGUGGUUUUUAAUUAUUUAGUAGGGAUGCACCGAUAUAUCGGCCUGUUUUCCACUAUGUGGCCGAUUGCUUAAAAACAGCCAAUGAUAAAGUGUAUAAGAACUCAUGCUUUGCGUUUAUAUUUUGAAUUGGGUGCAGUUUGUACGCUGUGCACUUCUAGGAUUUCAGAGCAUCAUAAUUUUUAUCAAUUAAAAAGCAAAACUAUCAGUUUCAGUGGAUGUCAUUCAAAGUAAUCAAUGUUGGCAUAGACAUUUUCCAUCGAUGCAUCCCUAUACCUUUAUAUUUUAAAGCUUUCACUUUAAAGGAAAUACUUUAUCAUUGGAAUAGUCAUUUGAGGAAUUAUGGGUAAUUCUUCCAAAUUUAAAUACGAUAUGAUUUUCAGUUUCAUGUUGUUUCUAAGCCUUUUGUUCAAUCACAGUUAUGUGCCAUGAUACUCUAUUGAAUGUCUGUGUGGUUGAGUGUAACUUUUGGAUACUGUAUAACAUAAACAUUGAUACAAAGAUGCUAAAAUAUCAUGAUUUAAUGAAAAUACUACUUUGGAGUUUGACUGAUCAAAAUAUUCUUGGCAUGUUCUGGCCAUUCUCUGGGGCUAGUUUGUAUGUUCUCAUUUCAUCUUGUUCAUGAACUGAAUAUAUUAAAUAUAAUAUCAAGCCCUGCUCAUUUGCAUUUUUACAGCAGAAGAUUUUAAGAUCUGAAUGUGUCUCAUGCUUUUUUCAAUACAUAUGUGUUUUAAACUAUGGAUUUUCUAGUCGAACCAUUUUCUCAUGUAAAUAUAAUCAAAUCACACUUUCUAUUUUCCGUCUGGUGACAUGCAAUAAAGAAAUCAAACCCUUCUGAUAACUUGGCCGCCCAGCGUCUGAUUUUAAAGUGUCUGCUUCCUCUUUCACCAUGGAGACAAUGCUUUAAAAAGAGUCUGUGUUUUUAUUAGUCAUUGUAGUUUAUGCUUACAUAUGCACUGUUGUUUUAUAACAGGCAAAUAUAACACACUUUCAUAUUCGCUAUUCAUUGCCAUGACAUUUUCCGCUUUUUUUGGAGGUGGUGACAAAGCAACUUUCGGUUGCAUUGCAGCGCUCGGUACAGUAGGCGUGGAAAGCUUGGCAGGAAAGGGAGAACAUUGGUGCGAAAACCAAACUGUUAGCUAAAGGCGUAAAGGCAAGACUUGUACUAUAAAGAUUUAUAGUGAAACGUUUGACAGCUAAAGUUUUCUUUUCCCCACAUCUACAAAUUUAACCGAGACAAGGUUGCUCAUGCAGAAGAGCUUUAGUCUGUGGAUUAUCUCUGAUCCAGCAUUGUUUUGACACAAAGGUUCACUGCAAGGAUCUCAAAUGAUUGAAGUCAUGUUUUGAGAAGUUUGUUUCCAUCAUGCCUGCUGGAGAUAUUGGCUCGAGUCGGGGUGAAAGUGGAAGGCUGCCCUGGGUGUUCGUGGUCCUGAUUCUUGCCGUCGUCACCUCUUCUUCCCUCUCUGUUCUUUCCCUGUAUCAUGUUCUGGCUUUGCAGGCCGAGGUGGAGGGUCUGAGAGCCGAAGUGGGCCGAAAGAGAGAGGAACACAGCGGGAAACUAGAAGAACCUGUGGAGGGAGCAGAGAAACUGACCCAUCAUCAGAAACAAGAGGAGUGCAAGGACACAAUUGAGUGUCUACAGCAAACUAUGAUGGAUGAUACCACACCAAACCACAAUGAAAUGACAAAAAGAAGUCUUGGUCAACUGUCAGAAAUUCAGCCGUGCUUACAGUUGAUGGGGGACAAUAAGAAAAAAACCUUCCAGAAGGAGCUUGCUUUAGAAAUGUCUACAGCGGUCCCAUGGCAGACGGGAAUAAAGCGUGGCUCCGCCCUGGAGGAAGACCAGGGCACCAUUUUAGUCAAAGAGGAAGGAUUCUUCUUCAUCUAUAGUCAGCUCUCCUUUUCCCAGGUGUACUACGUAGACCCCAUGUUCGCCAUGGGCCACAUUGUGAUUCGUAUAAAGAAGAACGUUGUAGGCGAUGAGAGUCAACACGUGGUUCUGUUUCGAUGCAUUCAGAGCACAAAUCAAGUCCACUAUUACAACACCUGCUACACUGGAGGUGUAGUGAAGCUGGACUCUGGGGACAAACUGGAGCUUCUGAUACCUCGUUCCCGAGCAAAUAUUUCUCUGGAUGGGGAUUCCACUUUCUUUGGAGCGAUUAAACUGGCCUGAGUAUAGGGCAAGACUUUGGGACACAUGUGCUGGUACUGCGGUCUGGACAUGACUUCAUGCAUGUACAUACAAGAGCUGUUUAGUAAUCUGAAACUGACGGAAAAUGGAAUUUUUAACACCAGCUACUGUUCACAACCCAUUGGCACUUUCACCGGGUGCUAGUGACGGGAACGGAUGUGUGAUGAGAGCAGGUUCUGUUUUUUCCGCUUGUUUUGUUUAUGCAGAGUGUUUACCGCACAUGACUCAUGGCUCAGUUCAUAUAUAAUACGAAUGUACUUGAUUUACACAUAUAAUACAUUUUACACAAUAUAUUAGUGCAUUCAAUAAGUGGCAUAUUUGACUUUGGUAUUUUUACUUUUCUUUGUUAUUUUGUCAGUAUUGUUAGAAAAACAAAUAUAUAUAUAAGUACAAUAAAUUUUGUAUUAUUAUGUGCCUAUUGGUUAAUGUGCAGUUAAUGCUUACAAAGCACUUUACAUUUUUCAGCAGAAAGCUUUAGUAUCAUUUAGCACCAUUUCAGUUUAAGAUGUACUUGUCAUCAUUCGACCAGCAGAUGGCGACGUUAUCACGUUGUAGAGCCACACUGUGUCUGCGUGCACUGUGACGUCAUAGUAAAAGCAUUUCUUUGUGUUACUGUAUGUAUGUGCUUGAGGUCACUCACAUAAAUAGCCUGUCUCUUUAAUUGAAGGAGGCAAUUUGCUUACAAUUUUCUGAGCAGAUGUUGUGAAGGAAUUAGCUGGCAUAAUACAUCAAAACACAAUGUAUUGUUGCUUACCAACAGAAGUGUCGUGUCUUUUGUUAGAAAUAGAAAAGAUUGCUCUGGUUAGCAAGUGAUGCAUUUUCUGUUUCAUAUUAUAACCUGCUAUUAGAAGAUGCUUUAAUUUGUUUAUGGGGCACUGACAAAAUAAAGAUGAUAAUUUUUAUGAACCUAUAGGCUAGGUAAAGUUUUAAAUUGUGUACAGGGUUUUGAUCUGUUUUGUGGUGUGCACUUACAGACCACUAGACAGCAGCACAGUCAUUUGAAACACCCAAAUAAAAAGGGGAUAAACAGGGCUAAUGGGAUUUGAACCUUUUAUUAUUAUUAUUAAUUUAAUCUUUAAAUUCAUAUAUAAAUUAUCAUUACUUAUGCUAGUGUCAUUUAUAUUGUAGUUAGUCAAUUUGCCAUAGAUUUGUAAUGUAUUUUCUUGUUUGUAUUUUAAUGCUUUUUGGCCAGGGGACUAUGAAAAAUAGCCUUUUGGCUAAUUCUGGCUUUUUUAACCAUGUUUGUACAUGUGUUUUAUGAAAUUGCGCUGUCCCCUUUUAAAUAAACCAUUAAAUCAAAUUAAAUAUAUAGAGAGUGGAUGAUGUUACUUGUUAAGGAUAUAAUGAAACUUUUUUUAAAGUAAUGCCCUGUUUCUUUCCUUACAGCUCACUAUAA